CCAAUUCUUGAUACAUCUACUAUAUGAUAAAUAACUAAAAUAUUUUUUCUGUAAAAUAACAAUAAUCUUAUUGACAAGGGGGAAAGUGAAAGAAUGAAGGGAGAAUUAAGAGAAAUGAAUUAGGUUUUGAUUAGGAUGGUCACUCAAUUGCAUUAUCAUUGAUAGGUUACAAUUUGAUUGCACAUAUUUUCUUAUAUGUGAAGAAGUUCUCUUGGUGGGGCGGGUAUGGGUAUGGGGUGGAGGAGGCUAAAAGCAUACCUGUUCCAUACCCAUCAAACUUUUUGUCGGUUUUACCCAUACUCAGUAAAAGCGGGAAUUUCCCGCGUUGACUGGGUCAAGGGCGGUCGAAUACCCGAGAUUAUGGAGUUGAUUGCCAUAGGUCUUUGAUAAUCAUAUCAAGUCCAAUCCAAUGAAUACUUAUUCUUGUUUGUUUCGGGCAAUCCAAUUUUUCCUUCAUUUGGAGUAGCAAGAGAAAAAAAUAUAAUUCACAUUCAUUUUAUAUACAAAUUUGUUUGAGCUCUAUUUCAUUACGAUUUUGUCAAUGAGUCAGGAGAUACCACUUUCUAAAGAGAGGACCAAUGAAUCCUUUAUUUGCAUUGCCCAAUUCCUUAUUGACCUAACUCCAAGUUAAGGACUGUCUCAUUAUAUGCUCGGUGAAGGAUAGCUAAAACAUAGAUAGAAGCAUGUUAUUAAUUCUUAGAUAUGUAAUUUCCUUUCGAACUUUUUUCAAAUGUGGAACUUUGAUGUGUAUAACAACUAUGUGGGUCACUUGAUUCUAACUUCUAAAAUCAUUGUGUUCAUUCAACUAAGGUUAUGCAAUGGAGGAGCUCUUAUCACAAGUAUAAAGAUAAUUAAGGACUUUGUUAUGGUGGCAUGCAUGUCACCGUAACAUGGACUUUUCGGUCGACCUAAUUUGUUGUUUCAGUUUUGUGAGAUUCAACGACGCGAUUGACCUUUAUAUCAAAUGGUCCACCUAUUUAGGAAGCGAACAGAAUGAAAGGUCGACCCAAAUACCUCAUAGGCAGACCAUUUUGCACUUAAUAGGUCGACCGCAUAAGUACGAGGUCGACCGCGUGCACACUUUAUCCGUAUUGGAUAAGGAUUUAAACACUAGAAAGGUAACCCUAACUUAUCUACCACUAAAUUCGAACCAUUCACGUCCUAAAUAUCUAUAAAUACGAAUAUAUGUACGACUACAUGGGGCAUAUGUCCUCCCAGAUAACUGACAUGUACGACUACAUGUGCCAAAUGACUACCCAGAUGAGCACACUGCAGGUGAUCGUGAAUGAGAUGCGAGAUGAGUUCCGAUCUUUCAGGGGAAGAUACAUGCAUCCCACCACAUCCGACUACCAUAAUGCUAGCACCACCAAUGAAGAAAAUGCGGAUGAGGGAGAGAGGAGUAGGAACUCGACGAUUUUAGAUUUUGUGUUUUUGUUGUUAAGUCUUGAAAACGAUUGUGGAAUGAUAUUAUGUAGUUUUAGAUUUGAGUUAUGUGAACAAUUAUGACGUGUGUUUUAUUGUAUUUCUUGUUAGUUUGUUUACUUGUUAUGUUAUGAAGUUAUUAGUCCUUGCUAUCAUUAUUUAGGACCGAUUCUGUUGGUUUGAAACGUAAUUUGUACGAGCAAAAUAAUCACCCACAUCAACAUACAUAAGCCAAAAAGACGCAGGUCAUAGAUUGAUUUUCCUGUAUUCGGUCGACCUCUUACCGGAUUAGGUCGACCUCGAAAUCAACACUCUUGAUCUGCAUUUUACGUCAAUUGGUGAUGGAUUAAUGGAUACAACACUUCUCUUCUAUAUGGUCGACCUCUUUCUGCAAAUGGUCAACCAUUUUGUUAGUGACCGCCAUGAAGUGGUCGACCUAUAUACCGUUACGGUCGACCAUUUUGCUUCUGAUGCCAAUGAAAAGGGCGACCGAUGUUUUAUUGUGGUUGACUCAUAAUAAGAAUUUAAACUAAAAAUAGUCGAGCAAUACAUUUUAAAGGUCGACCGUGAUAAGUCAUAAGGGUGCCCACAUUACUGAAUUCGAUCGACCUCUAUUAAAAUUAGGUCGACAGAAAAGUGCAUAUUAUGGUGACAUGCAUGUCAUCAAAGGCAUACCGGAAAGAUAAUAUGACUGAUGUAAACUCAAUAAACAGUAGUGUCACCGUAUACGUUAUUGCUCAUUGUACUCAUCCAUCCAAAUAUCAAACCAAUUGGACCCGACCAACCAAUGUCCACCUACUCAUACGCCACAUAUUUGGGCCUCCUUCACCCAAAUUUCAGAAAGGAGUGCGGGCUUCUACCGUAAUAGAAGAUCAAAAUUAUUUGGACUGUUGGAUUUGGACCUGGACUCAAUUGGCCAACUCAACCCAGCAUAAUUCUACAAUUUGCUAUACGGAUCGGGAAAUUGCAGGAAUCGAUAAAGCAAGAAUACGAGAGCGAGAAUCGAAAACACAGACACACGAUUUACGUGGUUCACUAACACGAUGUGUGUUAGCUAUGUCCACGGGAGAGAGAGAGCCAGUUUCACUAUAUCAAGGAGAUUACAGAUUACAGAAGAGUAUGAGAAGUAUUUAUAGUACUUUUCCAUGUGGGUUUAAACCUAAUCCAAUCUGGCAAAGGAAACGGUUACAGACCAGGCCCAGAACCCGAACCCAAAUAAUAUUGAGCCCAUACACUGUGCCCCUGGACCCCACUCACUGACCGGGCAGCGAGACCCCCGAUUACCAGUCGUAACGGCUGAUAGUCCGAUUCAAGUCACAUCAACAGCUACGACUAGUCAAGUCAAAUCCAUCAAUGCGAAGACGUUCUGUCCUUUUACAAUAUUAGAAGUCAAUAGUACUAGAUACCACUUAACAAUAACUUUUGUUGCAUGCUAAUUACAGUCCAAUAAAGUAAAAUCAAUAUUAGAAGUCAAUAGUACUAGAUACCACUUAACAAUAACUUUUGUUGCAUGCUAAUUAUCUAACUAUUUUUAGUAUGUAACAAUAGUAAUACUUAAGUAGUAUUUGGUGCAAUUAACCCAAUAAGUGUCCUUUAAGUAUAAUAGUAUCGUGGAAAGCGGGCUAGGAAGAUGAGCUUAUAUAUGAGUUUAGAUUAAUUAAACAGUUUGGUCAUU